AUGCAUCAAGAAGGAAGUUUUUUCUUUCGUCAUGAUCCUGGCGGUUGGGAAUUAGAUGAUAUUACAGUUUAUCAUGGUAUGACACAAUUAAUUACUAACGGGGGUUUUGAAACCGGUGAUUUAACAGGAUGGACCUAUAGUGGUUCAUGUAAUUGGUAUUCUGGUACAGCAAAAUCUGGUAGUUCUUACGCACAUACAGGAUCAUAUUAUUACUAUGAUCGUUGUGCUGAUUACGGCGAUAAAAUACAACAAACAUUUCCAACAGUUGUUGGCGAUAUUUAUGUUAUUAGUUUUUGGUUAUCAAAUUAUGAUUGUUGUGGAACAACAGAAAUAGCUACUGUUACAGUUGGAUAG